AGCGAGUGGGGAGCUAUCCAGCAAAGCGCUCCGAAGUAGUCUCCUUCCCCGGCCAGUGCUGUCUCUCGUCUCUCCAGGAAUGAGAAGUGAUGGCCGGCUCCGCCAACGAGGAGAAAACCUUCCGAAGGUUCCUGGAGCUCUUCCUCCGAGAGAUGAGGACACCGCUCCAGGACGAUGAGCCUCUGCCCCUGCGCCCGUUGACGGACCUCAUCUCCGAGGACGAAGUGGAAGGGGAAUGUCUCGACUUGUGUCUCCAGCAUUUGUGCAAAUAUAACUGCCCAUUCACCCUGGCAGCAGCCCUUGCCCGAGCCACAGCCAACGAUGUCCUCCAGAGCGACCUCUCCGUCUACCACCAAAACAAGGCAGUGGAGGACAACACAGAGUCCCUCCCCCAGCUCGACUCGGUGAAGCUGGCCCGGCUCAUCUUCAACAAGCUGUGCGAGAUCUGCUGCCUCUGGCUCAAGGACUUCCCGCAGCGGCGCCGCUCUCAGGCCUACUACGAGACGUCCAUCCACGCAAUCAAGAACAUGCGGCGGAAGAUGGAGGACAAGCACGUCGUCAUCCCGGAAUUCAACGCGCUGUUCAGCCUGCAGGACCAGGAGGACCAGGCCUACUUCGCCGUGUUCGACGGCCACGGGGGAGUGGACGCCGCUACCUACGCAUCCAACCACCUGCAUGUGAACCUGGUGCGGCAGGAGAUGUUCAGCCAGGACCCUACUGAGGCCCUGUGCCGUGCCUUCAAGCUGACGGACGAGCGCUUCGUGCAGAAAGCCUCACGCGAGCGCCUGCGAUGCGGCACCACUGGGGUGGUGACCUUCCUGAGGGGACGCACCCUGCACGUGGCCUGGCUCGGCGACUCGCAGGUGAUGCUGGUCAGGCGAGGGCAGGCCGUGGAGCUGAUGAAGCCACACAAGCCAGAUAGAGAGGACGAGAAGCAGCGUAUCGAAGCUCUGGGCGGCUGCGUCAUCUGGUUCGGCACGUGGAGGGUGAACGGGAGCCUGUCCGUCUCCAGGGCCAUCGGCGACUCGGAGCACAAGCCGUACAUCUGCGGAGACGCCGACCACAGCACCUUCCAGCUGGACGGCUCAGAGGACUACCUGAUCCUGGCCUGCGACGGCUUCUACGACACCGUGAGCCCCGAUGAGGCGGUGCGCGUGGUCAGCGAUCACCUCCAGGAGAACGCCGGUGACACCAGCAUGGUGGCACACAAGCUGGUGGCCUCGGCCCGCGACGCCGGCUCCAGCGACAACAUCACCGUCAUCGUCGUCUUCCUCAGGGACCCCCGCUGCCCGGCCCCCCCCGAGGUGAACGAGGAAGAGGAAGAGGCGCCGGCUGAAGAGGAAGAGGAACAGGAGCAAGAGGAGGUGCUACAGGGUGAGCUCGGGUGCCAGGAUGGAGGUACAGACAUCCGGGGCAAAAACAUGGGCACCUGGCCACUACAGCAGUGCUCGGCACCGGCAGACCUGGGCUACGAAGACCGCAUGGACUCAUUUACUGACAGAACUAGCCUGAGUCUGAUCGGACCCGAACUGCCUUCUGAGGGGAGCCGACUCCUCUACCCUGGCGCUCCGUCUGCACCUCCCACCAGAACCGUCACCCUGGACCUGACAGCACCGGCAGGACCCGGUGCGGCCUGGCGUCCCUACAAGCUAGAGGGCCGCCCAUCUCCUCAACGGUCCAGACGAUGGCUGCAGAUGGAGUCCCUCUUCCCCCGUGAAUGGAGGCCCAGGAGGUGGAUGGAGAGCACCUCCUCCAGGCGGGUGCCCCGUACAGGAGGGCUGAGAGAGGCCUGUGGCCCCCUGCGCCCCUUACGGGCCACCCCCUGUCCCCGGCGCUGCCUGAGAAACCGGCCCGGCGUCGCCCUACCCCGCGUGCCGCUGGGCGGCUGCUUCUGACGCAGUCAUCUCCUCGUCUCUCGCUCUCUCCACCCUCCCUAUUCCUCCGACCAGGACUGACCACUCACUUCAUGGCACACUGGCACUGAGCCCGGGAUGCCACCCCCCAUCCCCACCCCA